AUGGCCACGUUGGAGAGAAAACAGAUGGUUUUGACAACGUGCAUGGCGGUUUUGGCUAUGGAAAACGGAAUGAAGAUGGCAACCGCAUCCUUGAGUUUGCUGAAAGUAAUAGACGAACAAAACGGUUUCGAGCCACAACAAAGGAAGGUCGUUGUGGGAAAGAGGCAAAUGAGAGUGGGUAAAGUGUCCAAUGUCCAACAAAAAAAACAAAGAGAAAACAAAAUAGUACACAAGUUGAUGACAUCGGUGAAAAAGUGUGAUGAAAAAUGUGAGGAACUUUUGAAAAUGACCAACAUUUUAAAUGAGAAAACGAACGAAAAUUUUUCUUUAAAAAACGAAUUUAUAAAAGUAAAGGUUGAAAUUACUUCAUGCAAAAACCGUGAAAGCCAUCUAAUAGACAAGUAA